CAAAAAAAAAUCCUUGAUUAGACUCCAAAAUUGAAAAUUGCUUCAAUUCGAGCCGAGCGAAAGGGUGUAAGGGAGAUGCAGAGAAUCUCCAUUUCCAUCUCCGGAAUCAGAAGAUUCUCCGUCACCUCCCCCUCGCCAUCUUCUGCUUCAAACCACGUUACACUCGCCGUUUCAUCCUUUCUUGUUGUAGAUCAGCGGUUGCUGAAACAAGUUCUUGGAUCAUGCAAAUCUCAAUCAAACUCCAAAAGUGUUCUUCUUCAAGCACAUGCUCACAUCCUUAAACUCGGUUACGGAACACACCCAACUCUCGUUGCCUCCAUCGUCACAGCUUACAGACGCUGCAACCUCCCACACAUCGCUCGCCGCCUCCUCACUCGGUUCCUCUCACUCUCUCCUGGCGUCUCCAACACAAACCUAGUCAUCGAGAGUCUUAUGAUAAACGGCGAGUGCGGUUUGGCUAAGAAGGUUCUUCGUAAAGCGAGCGAUCGUAACGUCAUCACUUGGAACUUGAUGAUUGGCGGUUAUGUCAGGAACGUGCAAUACGAAGAAGCGUUGAAAACUCUUAAGGAUAUGAUUAGCUUUUCGGAUAUUAAACCGAAUAAGUUCAGUUUCGCUUCGGCUUUAGCGGCUUGUGCUCGUCUUGGAGACUUGAAUCGCGCGAAGUGGGUGCAUUCGUUGAUGAUGACGGAUGGUGGUGUUGAGCUUAAUCCGAUACUGUGUACCGCACUUGUCGACGUGUACGCAAAGUGCGGAGAUAUUAAAACUUCGAGAGAGGUUUUCUAUGGAGUUGAAAGGGACGAUGUGUCUGUUUGGAACGCGAUGAUCACAGGUUUUGCGACGCAUGGACUAGCCGAAGAAGCGAUCAGAGUGUUCUCAGAGAUGGAAGGACAACAUGUUUCCCCGGAUUCGAUAACGUUUCUUGGGAUGUUAACAGCGUGUAGCCAUUGCGGUUUGCUCGAAGAAGGGAAAGGUUACUUUGAUCUAAUGAGUCAGAGGUAUUCCAUACAGCCGAAGUUGGAGCACUACGGAGCCAUGGUUGAUCUGUUAGGUCGAGGAGGGAAGGUUAAAGAGGCUUAUGAGUUGAUAGAAUCAAUGCCUGUAGAGCCAGAUUUGGUGAUAUGGAGGUCUCUUCUUAGCUCCUCUAGAACUUACAAGAACCCAAAGCUAGCUGAAACCGCCAUACAGAAUCUUUCAAAAGCAAGGAGUGGAGACUAUGUGCUGCUCUCGAACAUAUACAGCUCCACGAAGAAGUGGGAGAGCGCGCAAAAGGUGAGAGAGCUGAUGAAGAGAGAAGGAAUCCGCAAAGCGAAAGGGAAGAGUUGGGUGGAGUUCGGGGGAGUGAUACAUCGGUUUAAGGCGGGAGAUGCAUCUCAUGUAGAGACAAAGGGUAUAUACAAACUGUUGGAGGAGCUGAUACAGAGAACAAAGUCUCAAGGCUUUGUGCCCGACACUGAUUUGGUGUUGAUGGAUGUCUCUGAAGAGGAGAAAGAGGAGAACUUGAACUACCAUAGCGAAAAGCUCGCGCUGGCGUUUGGGAUCUUGAAGAGUAGUCCAGGAUCAGAAGUUAGGAUUCAGAAGAAUAUAAGGAUGUGUAGUGAUUGCCACAACUGGAUCAAAUCAGUGUCCAGGUUGUUGAAUAGAGUGAUUAUAAUAAGGGAUCGGAUACGGUUUCAUAGGUUUGAAGAUGGGUUGUGUUCUUGCAAAGAUUAUUGGUAAGCGAGAAACCAUAGUUUGAGUGUUCGAAGAGUGAAGUUGAGCUUCCAUAGAUUCUUGUCUGUUUCUACAAUCUGAAACAUUACUGUUAUUGAAAGUUUAGGUGGUUCUGGUUUUGUGGGGUUUAUACGGAAAAUCUAAAAGUUUCAGAGACUA